UCGUACAGUUUAUUGUGGUCCUUCGUAAAAAGUAUAUUGAACUGCGCUAUGGAGAAGAAAGAAAAUGGAGAAGCAGCACUUCGAAGAAGUUUGAGAGUAAACAAGGGUAUUCCACCGAUUCGAUUAGGUGCAGAUGUUGGCAAGAGCGGACUGGUCUCGGGGAACAUGAGUGAUAAAAUGUUGUCUAGGAAUGGCCAGAAUUAUGAAGCUGAAAGGGCAAAAUCUGUUGAUUUGAAUCAGUUGGUGGUGAGUCCAUUAGAUCCAUUGUUAGAAAAAGAGUAAGAAGCACUACGUCAAGACUGAAUUUGGAAAUGGAAGCUCUACGAUUGAAAGAAAGGUUCGAAAAUGAGGAGUGCAUGGAACGAUUGCGAAUGAUUCAAAGCAAAAAAGAAAUAGCUUUCAAAGAAUUGGAGCUGAAGAUGAAAAUGCUCGAAGAGGAAGGUGUCACUGAUGAUGGUUCACAAGGCAAUAUGUCUGAAAGAAGUAUGUAUAGAGAUCAAGAUCAGGUGAGAAAUUGGAUACGUAAAUGUGAUCCUGACCGAGUGGCAAAUUCUGAAAGGAAGCCAGAUCCAGUCUUUCCUUGGGAAGGAAAGUUUGAAGAGAGGAGAGCUCACAGAGUGGCCUCUUUUCUUUAGCGAAUUUAAGAGAUCUUCUGAGGUUUAUGGUUUGAAUGAUUACGAUAAUUUAUUGAGGUUGGAUAGGAGUUUGAAAGGCAAAGCACGUGAAACUAUCAAACCACUUUUGAGUUCACCUGAAAAUGUAAGCAAAAUUAUGAAAAUGUUAGAAAUGAACUUUGGCAGGGCUGAUUGGAUAAUAUUGAGUUUAAUGGAAAAGGUUAAAAAAUUUGGGUUUGUCAAAGAAGAUAAAUUAGAUGUUUGCAUUGCAUUUUCGAAUGCUAUUAAUAAUUUAGUUACGACUAUGAGAAAUAUUAAUUGCACAUUGUAUUUGUUCAAUCCAGAACUUAUGGCAAUAAUUGUAGAGAAGCUUGCCCCGAUACAGAAGUACAAUUGGGGUAAGUGCAAGUUGCAAAGAGACAAAGAGGGAUUACCAACUUCGUUAGAAGACUUCGCGGCAUGGUAUGAGGAUGAAAUAGGUGCAGUGGCAUCGAUUUCUAAUCCAAUUUCAAAAUCAAAGGUGAACUUUAAGAAAGAAACAAUUUUCACUUUGAAAAAUAAG